UUAACAUGUUUACUUUUUAAGUACUAAAUGUUUUUUUUUUUUGGGUUUUUCUAAGCUAUACCCCUAAACUUUUUCGGUUUCUAAGCUGUGCCCACGGUUUUUUAAACGUCUAAGCUAUGCCCUCCACCUCACUAUUUUUAAUUAAAAAUAACCUAUGUCAUUAGCAGUAAGUAACGGACGUUAAGGUCAGUUAGUUGUCGUUGCUAAUUAAAAUAGAAAUAAAAAAAAUUGAAUUCCUUAAAAUAAAAAAAAUAAAAAACAACGAUUAAAAUAAGUAAAGUCCUUCCAAUUCCCUUACACUGAUCAAACUCCUCUUCUACUCUGUUUCAUCAACACUCAAAUGAAAAUCAAAACCCUUAAAAAGUAGUGCCCAGAAAUUUGCGAUUGGAAUCAAACCAAGAAUUUGAUGAGCGAUUCUCAUUGAUGAGCGUUCGUGGUUGAAUUUCGUGGAACUCAUGUUGUGGGUUGCGUUUUGGUUGCGAGGUGGAGUCGUGGUGGCUGCGCGAAUUUCACCUAAGAUCGAAAAUUUCGGCUUCUAAGACAGGUAAUUUCACAUUAAAUUCUGAAAUUUAGAGCAAUUCAUUGUUGUUUUACAUAUAUUUGGGCGAAAUGUUGAUUGUUGAUGUAGCUAUUGAUUCUAGGGUUUUGUUUUUUUUGUAAAUACAGUUGGUAAAUGUUGAUUAAGUAAAAUAAGGUUUGGGUCAAUUGUGUAUUUGGAUAUGUUGGUUAAUGAUUAUACAUUGGUUUUGUGCCCCAUGUUUUUGAUCUGUAGAAUGGGUGAAAGGGUGUUGAAAAUGCAUUUUAUGGGUAACUCAGUUGAUGUUAUGGUUGCUGAUAUAGAUGAAUGUUUGCUGAUAGAUGUAGUGAAUGAUAUGGUUAACAAAUUUAGUUCUUUUGGGUAUGAACUCCCUACUUUUCCUGUUUUAAGUUAUUGUUCCAAUGGGAAGAGUCAUGAACUUACUGAUGAUAAAACACUAAUGACCAUGUUUGAGGUAGUUGAAUCUAGAAGGAUAUAUAUAUGGAUUGGUUGUUUGAAGCAACCUAAUUUUAUUUGGACCUUAGUUGAAAAGGUAAGGUUGAAUGGAUCAAAUGUAAGUGGUUCAGCAGCACUACCUAAACCACCAAUAACUAAACUGCCAGUUAGAGGGGGGGUAAGAGGGGUAAGCCUGAAGAACAAAAUUUUGGUAAUCUAUAUCCAACCCCUUCAUCUCAUGGACUAUCUAAAAUUCAAUCUCCUUGAACAAAGUCAAACCCUUACUUUGUCAAGCUCAAGAAGAAGCCCAGGCUUAUGGCUUCUAGCCCUCUAACCACACAACAAUCCUUAAUCAACCCUCCAACUUCAGGUGUCACCCAAACAGGUCUUAGUGUUGGCCAUGCUGCCCCUACUAAACCAAACAAUAUUCUUAAGCCUUCUUCAAUCCCUCAUGGUAAAAAAAUCUCAAAAUCUACCCUUAAAUUCAAGGGGUUAUGGGUUCCACCUCAACCAAACACUGAAGCCAAUGAAGUUCAGGAGGAGCAACCAUCAGUUAGGACCAGAAAGAGGACUAGGGUUAGGCUAGAUAAUGAUGUUGGGGUGUCAAAUGUGAGUGGGGCUUUAUCUGAUAGUAGUGGUACAGAUAGUAAAGGUGAUUACCAACCUGACCAAGGUUCUGAUGUAGAAACUGAAUCUGAUGAUGAUGAAAUGGAGUAUGAAGAGGGUGAUAUCAAUGAACUCUUGAAUCAAAAUUAUGUAGAUGGUGUAUGGGAACCAUUUAGGACAAAUGAAUGGGUUGUUGAUGAUGAUUCUUACACGAGUAGGUUGUAUAGGAAUGGGGAGGUAUUUGAGGAGGCAGAGUUUGGUAAAAUCAGGUUAAAACAGUGGCAGUUUUUUGUAGACAAAGAACAUUUCAAGGAUGCUUUAAGAGAUUUUUGUAUCCAAGAGGGAUUUGCUCUGGUUGUGAACAAGAGACAACCUAAGAUAUAAUACAGAGUGUGCUGAUCAAAGGUGCAACUGGAGGGUUCAUGCAGCUUUGCUAUGUGAUGGACACACAUGGGCCACCAAGAAGUUGAGAAAAGGUCAUACUUGUAACCUUAACUUAGUAAACAACCCCAUGUGUAACUGUGCAUGGGCUGCUAAUAAGCUUUUUAAGGACAUAAGAGCUAACACGGACAUUAAGGGAAAGGCCUUAAAUGCUCUACUUUGGGAAAGAUAUGGUUUGAAAAUGUGCACAUCUACAAGGGAAUAGCAAUGAAGAUCAUACAAGGGAGGCAUGAUGAAUCUUACACUAAUUUGCCUCAGUAUUGUGAACUAUUAAAGGGGAGCAACCCUGGGUCAAUGGCUUUUUGCUGUUGGACUAAUGUUUCUGGUCCUGAAAGAUCUCUACAAUUUUCAUCAAUUUUUAUCAGCUUUGUUGCACAGUUCAAGGGGUUGAUAAGCGGAUGUAGAGGGUUAGUUGGAGUAGACGGAUGUCACUUGAAGGGAAACUAUGGGGGUAUCUUAUUGUCUGUCGUUUCCUUGGACGGUAACAAUGAGAUUUUCCAGUUGCUGUAGCAGUUGUUGAUUAUGAAAAUAAGACAAGCUGGAGUUGGUUCUUUCACCAUCUAAAGCAAAUACUCACUGCUACAGGGAGAGAAGACUGGACUAUAAUGUCUGAUCGACAAAAGGGUGUAGACCCAUCUUUGGACUCAGUUUGGCCAAAGGUACCUAGAAGGUAUUGUGCUAGGCACUUAUGUAAAAACUUCAAGAAAGACUACCCCGGAUUACUCAUGCAUAAACUAUUUUGGAGUGUUACAAAUGCGUACUCAGACUACUCGUUUAGGAAGGAAAUGGUUCAGCUUCAAAAACAUGGUGGUUUAGGGGCGGUGAAAUGGUUUAAAGAUGUAGGCCCACUAGAGCGAUGGACAAGGUGGAAGUUUGACCCCACUUUGAAAAGUGAUGAAAUCACAAAUAAUUUGUGGAAAGCUUCAAUUCUGACUCUACUAGAAGGCAAGUAUGUAGUUAUUUUUGUUGUUGUUGUACAUUAGAAAAUGCAAGCCAAUAAUUACCUUUUAUUUUCUAUGUAAUAUCUGUAGGUGUUAGGAGAAUACAAUGGUUAGACAUGCUACUAGACAACACUUAGCAAACCAGUGGCAAGACGGAAUCUAUCUAAACAUUAAUAACAGGAUCAGGGUACUAACUAAGGAAAGCAGAGUUUGUCAAGCAUACCCUUCUGGUAGGGGUACUUAUGAGAUUCAUGAUGGACGAGCAAGGUUACUAGUGUCUUUAACUGGUGGAACAUGUGCAUGUGGGAGAUGGCAAUUGAGCGGAAUUCCAUGUAAGCAUGGAAUCAAAGCUAUCUUACAUGAAGGCAAGGAUCCAACAGAUUAUGUGAGUGAAUGGUUCACUGUGGCUAAGUACAAACAAGCCAAUAGUGGAAACAUAUCCCCUGUACCUGAUCAAGAGCAAUGGCCACACAUUGAUGGUGUUCUAACCCUCAUACCACCAACAAUGAAAUGAAGUAUUGGCAGACUAGCAAGAAAUAGGAGGAGAGAGGAAGGGGAGCAGAGAAAAGGAAAAAAAAAGCGCAACCGUCCAGUGUAGUAACUGCAAGAAUUAUGGGCACAAUAUGGCAGCAUGAAAAGGUGGUCCAACUGCCGGAGAAGUAGCCGAGCAACAAGGGAAGAUUGUGCCACAAAAGGGAGGCAAUAAAGGAAAGAAAGUACAGAGACCACCUGAAAAUAAUGAUGCUGACUUCUCCCUGAUUGAAUUGAUGAUCAGUGGAAAUUACAGUGGAAAUUACACUAGUGAAGGUGCUGAUAGAACAAACAACCGUACUCACCACAGUGGAACAUCAAAAGGGAAAGGAAAGUCACACCAAGAUCAGUCCAGCAACAGUGAUGCAUUUGAUCAUAGCUUCAUUGAUACCAUGAUUGCAUCUUCAUAGCCCCAAGUUCAAACAUCAAACCAAAGUGCAAAACUCAGGCAUCCAUCGAUGAGUCAGCCUUAAGUAAUCAGAUCCCUUAAGAAAGCCAAGAUACUACUCUGAAAUGGGUGACACUUAUCCUUUUGUAAUUAUUGGGGCAAACUGUAAUCACUAUUUUUUUAGGCAUAAACACUAGAACUUUAUGCUAUUAGUGUUAUGUCAGGUAUGUAAGUGGCCUAGUUUUUGUGGCAAACAAUACUUUUUAAGCCAACUUUUGUGUUAUUGCUACUAAGUGAUGUAAUUUUUUGGGCAAAUUGUGAUUAUAUGGUACUUUUGGUUGAC